AUUUCGAGCAGCGGAGCCUUGACUAGGGAGAAAGAGGAUCUGAGGAGUAACAGUGAUUUAAAAGGAAAAACACAUUGUGCCUGUCCCUCAAGUGGGUGAGAACGACGUGUCCCUCUGACAGCAGCCACCACUGCCAGGACCAAACAGCAACACCCUCAUCUCAUCUGAAUUUCUGGACCCUGAGGCCGGGAAUAAAACAAGAAGGGGAAUUCUUUGGUUUUUGCACUCAGGAGUCUGCGUGUCGAUGCUGGCUGGCUGGUUCAUAUUCUCCGCAGAAUAUUCCACCGAGUGGAACUGGUCCUUAUGAUUGGCACAACACCGCUUCCCAGCAGCUGUACCACCAAGCAGCCUGCCCGGGAGACCUUGGCCGCUAUCUGUUGCUGAGAUAAAGGCAUAGUAUGGCAUGAAGCAUGGCCCAGUUCUAUUAUAAAAGAAAUGUCAACGCCCCAUACAGAGACCGCAUCCCACUAAGGAUUGUCCGAGCCGAAUCCGAACUCUCGCCAUCAGAAAAAGCCUACUUGAAUGCUGUUGAAAAGGGAGACUAUGCAAGUGUCAAGAAGUCCCUUGAGGAAGCUGAGAUUUAUUUUAAAAUCAAUAUUAAUUGCAUUGAUCCUCUUGGAAGAACUGCUCUCCUUAUUGCAAUUGAAAAUGAGAACUUGGAGCUCAUUGAACUUCUGUUAAGCUUCAAUGUCUAUGUCGGCGAUGCCUUGCUUCAUGCUAUCAGAAAAGAGGUUGUGGGAGCUGUGGAGCUAUUGCUGAACCACAAAAAGCCUAGUGGAGAGAAACAGGUGCCGCCCAUACUCCUCGAUAAGCAGUUCUCCGAAUUCACUCCAGACAUCACACCCAUCAUUUUGGCAGCCCAUACAAAUAAUUAUGAGAUAAUAAAACUUUUGGUCCAGAAAGGUGUCUCAGUGCCCCGACCCCACGAGGUCCGCUGUAACUGUGUUGAAUGCGUCUCCAGUUCAGACGUGGACAGCCUCAGGCACUCUCGCUCCAGGUUGAAUAUCUACAAGGCCCUGGCCAGCCCCUCUCUCAUCGCACUCUCCAGCGAGGACCCAUUCCUCACUGCCUUCCAGCUAAGUUGGGAGCUCCAGGAGCUGAGCAAGGUGGAGAAUGAAUUCAAGUCAGAGUAUGAGGAGUUAUCCCGACAGUGCAAACAAUUUGCUAAGGACCUCCUAGACCAGACUAGAAGUUCCAGAGAGCUGGAAAUCAUUCUUAAUUACCGAGAUGACAAUAGUCUGAUUGAAGAACAAAGUGGAAAUGAUCUCGCAAGACUAAAAUUAGCCAUUAAGUACCGUCAGAAAGAGUUUGUUGCCCAGCCAAACUGCCAACAGCUUCUUGCAUCCCGCUGGUAUGAUGAAUUCCCAGGCUGGAGGAGAAGACACUGGGCCGUUAAGAUGGUGACAUGUUUCAUCAUAGGACUUCUUUUUCCUGUCUUCUCUGUGUGCUACCUGAUUGCUCCUAAAAGCCCACUUGGACUGUUCAUCAGAAAGCCAUUUAUCAAGUUUAUCUGCCACACAGCCUCCUAUUUGACCUUUUUGUUCCUGUUGCUGCUUGCCUCUCAGCACAUCGACAGGUCAGACUUGAACAGGCAAGGUCCACCACCAACCAUCGUCGAGUGGAUGAUAUUACCGUGGGUCCUGGGUUUUAUAUGGGGAGAAAUUAAACAGAUGUGGGAUGGAGGACUUCAGGACUACAUCCAUGACUGGUGGAAUCUAAUGGAUUUCGUGAUGAACUCCUUAUAUUUAGCAACAAUCUCCUUGAAGAUUGUUGCCUUUGUCAAGUACAGUGCUCUAAAUCCACGAGAAUCCUGGGACAUGUGGCAUCCUACUCUGGUGGCUGAGGCUUUAUUUGCCAUUGCAAACAUCUUCAGUUCCCUGCGAUUGAUCUCACUGUUUACAGCAAAUUCUCACCUGGGGCCUCUACAGAUAUCCCUCGGAAGAAUGCUUCUAGACAUUUUGAAGUUUCUGUUCAUAUACUGCCUUGUGUUGCUAGCAUUUGCAAAUGGUCUAAAUCAGCUGUACUUCUAUUAUGAGGAAACGAAGGGGUUAAGCUGCAAGGGCAUACGCUGUGAAAAACAAAAUAAUGCAUUUUCCACGUUAUUUGAGACACUGCAGUCCCUGUUUUGGUCAAUAUUUGGACUCAUCAAUUUGUAUGUGACCAAUGUGAAAGCACAGCAUGAAUUUACUGAGUUUGUUGGGGCCACCAUGUUCGGGACGUACAACGUCAUCUCUCUGGUGGUCCUGCUCAACAUGUUAAUAGCCAUGAUGAAUAACUCUUACCAACUCAUUGCUGAUCAUGCAGAUAUAGAGUGGAAAUUUGCUCGAACCAAGCUCUGGAUGAGCUAUUUUGAAGAAGGAGGUACUCUGCCUACCCCAUUCAACGUCAUCCCAAGCCCAAAGUCCCUCUGGUAUCUGAUCAAGUGGUUAUGGACACACCUGUGCAAGAAAAAGAUGAGAAGAAAGCCAGAAAGCUUUGGAACCAUAGGGAGACGGGCUGCUGACAAUUUACGACGACAUCACCAGUAUCAAGAAGUGAUGAGGAACCUGGUGAAGCGGUACGUGGCAGCCAUGAUCAGAGAUGCAAAGACUGAGGAAGGCUUGACUGAAGAGAACUUUAAGGAGCUAAAGCAAGACAUUUCUAGUUUCCGCUUCGAAGUUCUGGGUUUACUCCGCGGAAGCAAGCUCUCUACAAUCCAGGCAGCCAAUGCCACGAACUCCGCCGACUCCGACAAGAGUGAUAGCGAAGGUAAUAGCAAGGACAAGAAAAAGAAUCUCAGCCUUUUUGAUUUAACCACCCUGAUUCACCCGAGGUCAGCAGCAAUUGCCUCCGAGAGACAUAACAUAAGCAAUGGCUCCGCCCUGGUGGUGCAGGAGCCACCCAGGGAGAAGCAGAGGAAAGUGAAUUUUGUGGCUGAUAUCAAAAACUUCGGGUUGUUUCAUAGACGAUCGAAACAAAACACUGCUGAGCAAAAUGCAAACCAAAUCUUCUCUGUUUCAGAAGAAGUUGCUCGUCAACAGGCGGCAGGACCACUUGAGAGAAAUAUCCAACUGGAAUCCAGAGGAUUAGCCACACGGGGUGACCUGGGCAUCCCUGGUCUCAGUGAACAGUGUGUGUUAGUAGACCAUAGAGAAAGGAACACGGACUCCUUGGGUUUCCAGGUAGGCAAGAGAGUGUCCUCGUUCGAGUCAGACAAGGUGGUGGUGGAGGACACUGUCCCCAUGAUUCCAAAGGAGAAGUACUCUAAGGACGAGGGUUCCAGCAUAGACUAUGACUCCAGCCUCAACGACAGCCAUGAAGAUUAUGUGACCACCAGAUUGUGAUGCUUGAAGAAGGGGACGUUUACUGUACCUAUAUAUAAUAUAUAUACAUAUAUAAAUAUAUAUACAUAUCUAUAUAUAUAUUUGCCAUUGUGUUCAGGGUGGGGAAAAUGUUUAAAAAAAUUGAAUUAGCAAAUGCUAGCUUACACAUUCUAGCAUUUACCAACUGUGGCAUAUUAGCCUGUAAUAUGUUUAAAACAAAGCAAAAGCCAACAAGAACCCUUCUGUUUUGUAGCCUGCUUUUGCUUCCACGGUUUAUUUUACAAUUGUUUUUGUUAAUGAAUAAAUGCACCUUGUAUUCUUGAACUGUUGCAAUAACCUACGGAAAAUUUUUAGCAAUCUUUUUCAAUUAAAACAAAUGCAAUUUAUUCCAUGUGGUUAGUUGGCUCUUAUAAUAGAUAUUUUUAUAUGCAAAAGUGUAUAUUGAAAUAUUAGACUCUAGACAUUUUUUCAUAUGUGGGGGGAUCUCUAGAGGUGAUUGCUCACUGAGAACUUUCAUUCAGGCCUACAGUUUGACUUUAAUAAACAAUUAUUACCAAACAUUUCUUAAGAAUAUGUAAAUAAAUAUAGGACAUACUUAAAGCAAGUAAACGUUCUUCUCACUGGGUCUUGUUCCAACCAUUUACGAAAACAAAAAUCAGGUGCAGUUUGUAGAUUUUUAGGCUAUUCUUUCCAUAAGAGAAAUGUUUGUCUUAAUAAAUUUUGAUGACUGGUGAUUUUUAA